AUGCCGCCCGCGCUGCUGGAGCUGCCGUCGCCGAUCACUUGUGAAAGCCACCUGUUCAGCAUGGCCGCUUCGCUUGCAAUAUGGUCAUGCUGCCGGCGUUUCCAGCCAACCUCUCUGCCGUCGGAGCUUCUGGCUCGCCUCGUCGGCAAGCGUACCCAUUGCAAACUCUCUCGUCGGCUGCAUCCUGCUUUGGUGUGUCUGGUGCAGCACGCUUGUGAAAGCCACCUGGGCACGAACCCAGAUGCACGAGUGCCUCGCAUCCAUCUUGCUACGACCGCACGUUUUGGCAGUGCCGCCCUUCCCUGCAUCAAUCAAUGCUUCCGGCUGGCCUCGAAGCGGCCUGGUCAUUGCGAGGAUGCAGAAGAGUCAGCAGUUGCACCCCUUUUCGAGUCUCCAAUGGUGUGA